AUGUUCCUUGGUACUGGUCCCCUGCAUCGAGGAACAAGACAUUUGAUUCACGAGCCCGUAUUUCGUCCACUUUACUCUUUAUGCGAGCGAUACCCCCGAAGCACUGCUGUUUGGCUUCGUCCUCCGUUAUUUUACGUGAAAAUUCUAUCUAUCUAUCUAUCUAUCUAUCUAUCUAUCUAUCUAUCUAUCUAUCUAUCUAUCUAUCUAUCUAUCUAUCUAUCUAUCUAUCUAUCUGUCUUAACUGUCUGUCUAUCUAUCUAUCUAUCUAUCUAUCUAUCUAUCUAUCUAUCUAUCUAUCUUAACUGUCUGUCCAUCUAUCUAUCUAUCUAUCUAUUCUCUAUCUAUCUUAACUGUCUGUCUAUCUAUCUUAACUGUCUGUCUGUCCGUCUAUCUAUCUAUCUAUCUAUCUAUCUAUCUAUCUAUCUAUCUAUCUAUCGCCUUAAGCCUCUUUGGGAAAAUAAAUUGCGAAAAAGUGUUCAAAUAUCUUUGUGCAUGUAUAUGCUUUUUUUUUCAAUUAGCUCGUAG